CUCUCUUGCGUCUUCUUCUCCUCACUACACUUUCUUCUUCAAUCUCUCACAAUUUACAGGUUGUUUUGCAUUAGAAUGUGAUGAGCUUCAUUCACUUUUUUCUUUUGAAGUCCGUAAAUGUACAAUUAUGGUUCAUUCAAGUCUUUCCAAACUUACUAAACUAAGAGUCAUUCGCAUCGCAUCUUAACAGAAAGUCGCCUUACUCUCCCCUUACCCCUUGUACUCAGUUUCAAAUGCUACUUCAUUUGCCAGACAGAUAAGACUGUUCCUGACCUCAUCUUCAUUCACAUGAACGAAGGCUAUGAGAAACCAUUAUAUUUUAAAGGAAAUAAAAACGAAGGCUUCCUUUUUCUUUAGCUUUCACAAAGCUUGGCUGCAUACUUCCUAGGAGAGGAGGGAAGCAUUUAUAGCUAUCUCCAAAACGGAUAUCCCAUUCCUAGGACAGGUACAGCGUUUACAACUUACUGUUGAGGAAAUUGAGAAAUAAUGUAAAUCAAGUAAUGCUUUGUGUGAAAUCUAUUUAUAAAUUUGGAAGUGAAAGAAUUCGUUGCAGUCGCUUGUGAAUAUAAAUAUUCUUUGAUUGCAUUAUUUUGAUAGUAUUUUGAACAAAUUCCUGGGAAGAUAUAUCGUGUAUUUUUGUUGAACUGUGUAUGCAUUAGAGGUGGCAGCCAAGCCGCAUGUGGCAUAAAGGAAUAAACAGAAUGCUGCCAAUAUGGCCUCUGUACCAUCAGCCUAGCAAGUGAACUAUCCGAGGCUUUAUUUUUCUCACAAUCUAGAAAGCUUCACAUCCCAGCUGUGCUUCCUCGGCCCAACCAUCUUCCACACCAUUACUUGUAGCCAACCCAAUUUCUCUCGCACACUACUCUCAAAAUUCCUACCAACAUUGCCUCUUCUACCAAAAAUGAGAAAAUCCGAAAGUGUCAGCACAACGGAGGAGGAGGAGGAGGAGGAGAAAGCGACUCUUACUCCUACAUCUCCGUUCCAAGGAACACCGGUAUCCGAGGCCGAGGAGGCUGGGAAGGAGGAAAUUGUGUCCAGUCCCGGUGGUCACAGGGCGGUGCUGAUGAAACCCAGGAGGGAUAGGGAGGAGGAGUACGAGGCUUUUUAUGCCACUGGGCUUCAGGAGAAGCCGAGUAAAGGGGAAGUCCUGCUUUGGUUUUUGUACGAGCUGUGCUCAUACUUGGUUCACACUGUUCUGAUUCCUAUUCUGUUUCCCCUCCUCAUCAGCCAAAUCUUUUCACCGCCACCAGUGCCACCCCAGGGGUGGGAGAAGACCUCCAAGGGCGUGGCCUGCACCCAAAUGCAAAUGCAACUGUUUGAAGGAUUGACAUAUCCAUCCAUAAAGGUCAGAAGUAGUAGUUUCUCCCCGCUGGAGUUUACUUCAAUUUCUUGGGCUGCAGGGCUUAUUCUUGCAGCACCAAUACUAGGAGCUAUCUCGGGCUGCCUUGAUGAUGGUAACAACCAACAGUUGAUCGCUGCCGCUGCAACAGCCGUGGGAGCUGUCUUCUGCCUCCCCGUUGGAUUUUUCAAAACCACAUGGGUAUUUCCAGUGUAUAUCGCUGCCAUUGUUGCUGCCAGCACGGUUGCAGUAGCCUGCCACACCCGCCACCUUGGCCUGAUGGUGCAGGCCUUUGUUGGUUCCACCAUCAGAAAAAGUAAGUUCCCUGACAGGCGAGCCCUGGCCGGCUGGCUUACGCUUUACGCCACUGCUGCUGGCUGCUUCGGCUCUGCCAUCAUCGCCACCUUCACCUACCACAUGCUGGGCCACACUGAGCGGUUUCUCAGCUUGUGGGUCGUCUCAAUCUUCAGUGGCCUUAUAAUCUCUGCUGGAACAAUACAUUCCCUUGCUGCUAACAUACCUGCUGCAAAUACAGAUUCACCGCCAAGUUCCAUCCCCAAAUCCCAUUUUACUUCCAUUUUCAGAUACCCUCAUGCAGCAGGGAGUUUAGCUGCUGUUUUUUUUGCCUCGUUUGCAACAAUGUGCAUAUUCACAGGAGGAGUUCUCCAUUUACUUGGGCAACUCUGCCUUAAACCAGUGAACAUUCUCUACCUUUGGCUUACAUAUUUCAUAUUCCCUUUGAUCUCUCUCCCACUGGUACAACCACUGCAGUAGCUCAUUAGAGCAGAUGCAGUGAAAAUGCAGCUGCUAGGCUUCCUACUGUCAGCAUUCACCUCUGCGACCGGGUUCUAUUACCGGAAAAACAACUGGCAGAACCAACAUGUCUUGGUCUUGGCUGCUGUGCAGAGCAUGGCCACAGGUCUCUUGCACGCCUUUGGGCGCGUGCUGCUGUUAGAUUGCUCACCAGCAGGGAAAGAAGGCGCAUUUUCGUUAUGGUUCUCAUGGGUAAGAGCUAUUGGAACAUUAACAGGCUUUGCAGUAGCAUCAGUUGGCCAUGGAAACAUUGACAGGUCAUUUGAGGUAGCAUUUUGGUCCACUAUUGUUGGUGUUCUUGUGCUGACCUUUGGGAAUAUCAGUAACCUCAGAGGAGCCACAGCUGCCGGGCUGGUGAGAAAGGACGGUUACCAGAAAGGUUUUCUGGAGAAUGGCUUGGAGUUGCCAAAAGAGGUAAACACGGAGCCCUAGACAACUGCCUUUUUUUUUCAGUAUAAGCAUGAACAAUUUGGCUUGCCCAUCAUUCAAUGAAGAAGUUCUGAACAGCUUUGAACUGUACUUAGCAUCGCCUAGGACCUGAGAUUGUUACAUUUGAAUGUGGAUUGCGAGGCGUUUGAUUAAUAAGAGUCUAAUACCCUUAAUUGAU